AUGAGCGGCAAUGGAUCUGAGGUAAAUAUGGACUUGGAAUCCACUACUGUUAAUGCAGGAAAUCAUAUGGCCAGAACACGCAGAAGAUGGUCAAGCACUUCUAAAGACAAACGUCCCAAGCUCACAGAUAUGACCGAUGGGGUGCACGAAGAUGGUGAACUCGAUUACAUCUCACCGGGACAACUAUAUUCCACCGAAUCGGGCCGUCUGUUCCACGCGGGCAAGAUUCUAAUCGUGCUGGUAGGGCUUCCGGCAACUUCCAAGACUCUAUUGUCCGUGGCGAUUACGAGAUACACUAAGUGGCUAGGCGUACGCACCAGCUCAUUCCACGUCUCGGAAUAUCGCCGUAAAAUGAUGGCUAGCGUCGACUACCACAAUUUCCCCAAUGAUUACUUCUCAGCAAAACCCAAGACCUCUGAGGGACGCACUAAACGCAAGGAAAUCAUCGACCAGGUCCUGGCCGAUAUGUUAAAGUUCUUCAGCGAGGACAAGGGACAAUUGGCGGUCUACGACGCUCUUAAUAUCUUGGUCGAAGAGAGACUCCAACUCGAUAAACUCUUUUCGCAAAUGAACACCAAAGUACUAUUCAUCGAGUCUGUCAUGACCGAUUCAGAAAUGAUCAAGCAUAACGUCGAUAUGGCGUCUCGGUCCGCAGACUAUGUGGGUUGGUCCCAAGAGGAUGCGGUUGCCGACUACAUGCAUCGUUUGCAAGUUAAUAAAGAAUUGUACGAAGAAAUGACCCCUAAAGAGCAACUGACUUACGUGAAAUACACGAAUUUUGGUGAAAAGUUGGUUGUUAAUAAUAAUCGUUUUGGUUACCUCGUCAACAAAAUCGUUUUCUUCUUGAUGAACUUGAGAGAUAAAAAAGGCUGCGUUUAUUUUGCUCGUUGUGGAACGAGUGACAAUGACAAGUAUGUUGACGACGAGAUGCUUAACCAAGAAGGGAAUAAAUACUCCGCCACAUUGACAGAUUUGAUUUUGAAACUAGUCAACGAACGGCGAGCAGCUCAGUCCUCACCUUUCCCUCCAUCCAUAGAACAUGCUGCCGGCGUGGGUGCUACUGCAAGAUCACUAACACCUACAAAUUCUGCCUUAGUAAAUAACAUCUCUUCUGGAUUGAGUUCGCGGUCAAUGUCACCAUCUUUAUCACCUUUGUUGGCCACACAUGCAUCACUGAGGAGAACCGAAUCCACUGGUAACGCUUCCAUGAGACAGCCUGUUUCAGGAGACGGAGGAGAUGAGGACUCAUUUGUAGUAUGGACUGCGCCCAGGAAGCGCACUCACGACACCGCAAGAUUUUUCGAUGAGAAGGGCAUAAAUGUGAGACAAAGAUCUCAGUUGCAACAACUUCAUCCAGGCGUUGUAGCAGAUAUGACCGAAGACGAAAUCAAGCAAAAGUACCCGGCGGAAUUCAAGGAAUGGAUUAAAGACCCUUAUCAUUACCGUUUUCCACGUUCAGAGUCCUACCACGAUUUAGCGGUUCGUAUGGAGCCGCUACUAUUAGAAAUGGAAAGAAUGCGUGGCGAUAUCCUAGUUAUUGGGCACGAAUCAGCUCUACGAGUAUUAUAUGGCUACUUAAUGGCAUGUUCUUGCACGGAUAUCCCAAGCUUAAAAUUUACCAGAGAUGAGUUAAUCGAGAUUUCAUUCAGUCCCUUCGAAAACAGGGUCAGGAGGGUACCGAUAAAUUACGAGAACUCUUCGUAA